GGAGAGGAAGACAAGGACGUUCAGAGCGAGUUGAGGGGUGUUGAAUUGUUUGUAAAGCGCGGCAGCAAUGAUUACCCGAGUGGUAUUUUGGGACAGGUCAAGUACUGGUCGGAUAAGAAGACUUUGGUUGAGCGGCUUCGUGAGUUUCACUGCGAGCAUAUCUUGGUAUCCAUGAAUAUUCGUUUGCAACCUGCGGUUCGGUGCACAUUCAAUCCACAAGAGUGCAUCCUCAGAUUCUUGCCAGCAGAGUCAUCAAGAUCGAAAGCAUCAGGCACAACAGGAAUCGUUGUUUAUGCUUUGCAGCCGGGAAGGUUUUGUUCAAGGAAAGACUUUCAAACAUUUUCAGAGUCUGUAAUUGGGAAUUCGAGCUUGAAGACAGUGACAACUGUGCUUUGA